UACUGCAAUCAAUCAUGUUUCCUCGACACAAAGUUGUAUUACAAUACACGUCGAACAAAACUUUCCUGAAAACUUGAGAGUUUGAAGCUCGCUUCAUAAUAAAGGAGAUAAAAAUCAUUUCGAAUUCCAAGCACACAUCACGGUAGUAGACGAUGCGCACCGAUGCGCACGCGCCUAUAUCCCACGCGCGUAACGUCAACCGUACCCACACGCGCGCGUGAUCUUACGUGCGUGUGACAGCACUGGCACUUUUAAUAAUACAAAGUUUCUCUCUCGCGCGCGCGGGGCAGCAUAAGUCGCGAGAAUGCCCCUACGCGCGAGUUCGUCAAGAUCAAGUCACGUGCGUGCAACGAUUUCAACUGGAAAAUGGAGCUUCAUUGACGUUGUUCGCCGAAUUUCUCACUCGUGACUCGCACAUCCUCCAGCCAAGGGCAUACACAACGACAUGGAAGCCGGCCAGGCCGCUCGUCAAAGUGAUGCUGCUGGCGGCGGUGGUGCCGACGAGUUGGACGAGAAAAUGAGAAAGAUCGAGAUGAAGCCACCGGCGACUCCUGCCGUCGGACUGCUCGUCAAGAACGCUGCCAUCCUGCCCAGCGGCAUCGCCCGAGUCAAGCAGCUUCGUCAAAGUUCGCAGCCCCCGGUGACUUCGUCGGCCUCUGGCUCAGCCACUGGUAAUCCGCGCAACAAGACGGCACUGGCGCCUGGCCACAGUCUCAUGGAUUGGAUCCGACUGGGCUCGUCAGGCGUCGACCUGAGUGGCGUGGGCGGUCGGCCGAUCACGGUCACACCCGCCGAGCUGGCCCGACACAACAGCCAGGACGACGCUUGGAUCGCUAUAAGAGGAGUAGUUUUUAACGUGUCGCGUUACAUGAGAUUUCAUCCCGGCGGUGUACCCGAGCUGAUGAAGGCCGUUGGAAAGGACGCCACAAAGCUGUUCGAUGACGUGCACGCGUGGGUGAACUAUCAGAGCAUCCUGCAGAAAUGCGUGGUCGGGAGAUUGGAGCAUUCCGCGAGCGCAGACCUCGCGUUCGAGAGCCACAACGACAAGUCCAGUGAGUAUUUUUCGAGGGACGAUCGAACGGGACGUCUCCAGAAAGGUGCCACGCAUUAUUACAAGCACACUAUUGCAGAAAAAAGCGUGAAAGCCGUCCCGGAUCCGGCCCCUAGCUCCAGUAGCACUUUGAGAAUGGACUGGCGUCAGACGACGUCGUCCUUGUCGUUCUUCUACUCGCUGGCAUCGUCGUCGUGCGGCGAGUGUCAAGUGCGAAAGCUAAGCGACUCGGAGCACUCGGUGAGGAUCUGCCUCGACGAGGAAAAGCUCGCGGUGACGCGUCGCCUCAGCCUUGCCGGGGACCUCGAGUGGCCGCCCAAUUGCAAACGCGACGCCGAAACUUCCGAGAUCGAGAUAUCCUUCAAAAAGAAAGAGCGAGGAAUCUGGAAAACGUACGGUACUUUCGAGGAGUCGAGUGAAAAGCUCGGACCGACUGCCGCCGCUGAGAGAACCUACAGCGAAUACGAGGUGCUGGAAAACACUCCGCUCUGCAAAGUAGUUCAUCUUUUAGUUUUGCGUGCGCGGAAUUUCAUUCAGCUUGUUCCGCCCGGCAGAUACUUAGACGCCAAGAUGAACGUGAAUGGCACGGAAGUUUCGCGGCCCUACACCCCGGUGCCGAGUUGUCUACAUCCCGGCGAUCGACCGGCCGGCUGCACCGACGACGACGAGUCCUCUUGCCUUUAUCUGAUGGUCAAACUUUACGAGGACGGUGCUUUGACACCGCGACUCGUCCAAUUGACCGCCGGACAAACCCUGCUGCUGAGCAAUACUUUGGGGGAGUUCAAGAUCGAGGCGUACGAUAGGUAUCCGCUUGUCAAUAUGCUCGCUGCUGGUAGCGGGCUGACUGUCAUGCUGCCAAUUAUCAAGCGAGCACUGUGCAGGCGCAAUUCGCCGCAGAUGAAGCUGGUCAACUUCAACCGCAGCGAGCGUCAGAUCUUCUACGGCAAGCAGCUGGACCGAGCUGCCGGGGAACGCAGGUUAAGCCUGACACACGUGCUGUCGGAGGCAAGCUGCAGCGAGGCAACGGUAGCAAGGUGUGGCAAAGUGUCGACCGAGCUGCUGAAGGAGCUGAUAGGCGAGCACUCGUCGAGAGCCUGCGUUUUCACUUGCGGACCAGCGGCUUUCAUGACUGCUGCUCGAGAUUGCCUACGAGAAUUAGGAUGGAUGCCAUCUCAGAUCCACGAGUUCGACGACUGAUGGACUAGCAAACUCUACUUAGCCUCGUUAAACCUUCUUCGGAUAAGUGGACCAAUGAUGAAUGAGGUUCAGCACACACACACACACACACACACACAAUGUCUACCACUGGCUUUCGUUUUUUUUUUCGAGUUGUCGUUGUUCGCUGAACGAACUGUCGGGUACGCUGGACGGCCUACAUAUACUUCUUCCGAGAUAUAUAGCACUCAUGAUGAUUUUCUUGUAAAUAUAAACUAAUAUGUGAAAUAUGUAUAUUUAUAGGAUGGUGGAUAAUUGCGUGUAUAUCGCUUUUCAUCUGAAAGUAAUAUGCGAAAGUACUUUGUUCUUGAUUUUUUUUUCUAAUAAAUAAUGAUCCUAUACGGAUUGCAAAUGAAAGUUCCGACAAAAAAAGUUUCCCCAAUCAUGCGCGAAUAACGAGCACUCUAAGCCGAAAUUUCAAGCGUGAAAAUCAACUUCCGGAUUUUUUUUA